UGGAUAGGAGGUUUAGUAGGUAGCUAGAGUGGGUUUAGGGGGCCUAAAAGUGUCCUGGACUUGGCACCCAAGGAGAGUCCUAUACCACUCUUAGUACUCCACCUAAUUCCUUUCUUUAUUAAGUGAGCUAGCACAGCACCGUGAAGCUUUCCAACCCUUUAUUGCAUUUAGGAAGUCCUUAUCCCGACAUUAUUUAUCUUUUGGCUAAGAUUCUAUCUAGCCACCACUGAAUUUGGAUUUUGGCUAGCAUGGAGAUGCUGGAUUCUCGAAGUUCAUGGAAGUUGUGAGACUCUCCCAUCUUUUCUAGUGAAUACCAGACUCUUCAUCGCCUUUCGCCCACAACUAUGCCAGGAUUCUGUUCAUAUCCUUCUUCACAAAGCUUCUGAGCAUUUGAAAGCAACCCAAUUGCGUAGGAAGAACUGGUUGUUUGCUACUAGCUUGAGACCUUGGACUCUUUCGAUCGUGUUGCUGGUGAAGGAUCAACUGGCCCAAACAUUACUCCAUGAUUGACACGUUUGGCCCAGCCCGCUGCUCCCUUAUAAAGUCCAACUCACUCAAGACCAAAUUAUUUCACCGGGUUUAGUGGCCGAAGGAGUCCGUAUUUGGCCCAUAUUCAGUGUUUGGGCUUCGGAUGAGAGAAUGGGGCUCCACUUAAGCAGAAUUUGCGCCUGCUGUUCUUGUGCUCAAGAAGAAGAAGGGGGGCUAUUUAUGUUUUUAUUUAAAAUAAAAUAAUUACAGAGAAUUAACCCACCACCCGCCAUGAGCACCUCCUCGAAAUCGAGAAACUUCCGGCGCAGAGGUGACGAGAACGAAGAUAACGAAUCAAACUCUAACACAACAAACCCUUCCUACUCCUCCCGCAAAUCAUCUUCCAAACCAAAGAAGCUGCUGAGCUUUGCCGACGACGAAGAAGAAGAUGAAGAAACCCCUCGUCCAUCAAAACAGAAACCCAGCAAAACCAAAUCUUCACACAAACUGACGGCCCCCAAGGAUCGUCUAUCUUCUUCUUCUACUACGUCAACCACUAGUACCAAUACUAACAGUAAUAAUGUGCUUCUUCCUCAAGCUGGUACUUACACCAAAGAAGCUCUUCUUGAGCUUCAAAAGAAGACCCGCACCCUCGCUAAGCCCUCCUCCAAACCCCCCCCUCCUCCUCCUUCUUCCUCUGAACCCAAAAUCAUUCUCAAGGGCCUCCUCAAACCCACCCUCCCGCAAACCCUAAAUCAACAAGAUGCUGACCCUCCUCAGGAUGAGAUUAUUAUUGAUGAAGAUUAUUCCUUGAUUCCAGAUGAGGAUACUAUCAAGAAAAUCAGGGCUAAGAGGGAACGCUUGCGCCAGUCUAGGGCCACCGCUCCUGAUUAUAUUUCCUUGGAUGGAGGAGCUGCUACUUCUGAUGCCUUCAGUGAUGAGGAGCCUGAGUUUAGGAACCGAAUUGCCAUGAUUGGCAAAAAAGACAAUACUACCCCUACUACUCAUGCUGUCUUUCAAGAUUUUGAUAAUGGUAAUGAUAGUCAUGUUAUCGCAGAGGAGACUGUUGUCAAUGAUGAGGAUGAAGAGGAUAAAAUUUGGGAGGAGGAGCAAUUCAGGAAGGCUUUAGGCAAAAGAAUGGAUGAUCCCUCCUCUUCCACUCCCUCCCUUUUCCCUACCCCUUCUACUUCUACUAUUACUACUACCAACAAUCACCGCCACUCUCACAUUGUUCCCACCAUUGGGGGGGCUUUUGGACCUACUCCAGGUUUAGAUGCCUUAUCCGUUCCCCAGCAGUCUCACAUUGCUAGGAAAGCUUUGCUUGACAACCUCACCAGGCUUAAAGAAUCUCACAAUAGAACUGUUUCGUCGCUGACAAAGGCUGAUGAGAAUUUAUCUGCCUCGUUGAUGAAUAUUACUGCUCUUGAAAAGUCUUUAUCUGCUGCUGGUGAGAAGUUCAUCUUUAUGCAAAAGCUUCGUGACUUUGUUUCUGUUAUAUGUGAAUUUCUGCAGCAUAAAGCUCCUUACAUUGAAGAACUGGAAGAGCAGAUGCAGACGCUUCAUGAGCAACGCGCAUCUGCUAUUUUGGAAAGAAGAACUGCUGAUAAUGAUGAUGAAAUGAUGGAGGUAAAAACAGCUUUAGAAGCGGCAAAAAAGGUUUUCAGUGCACGUGGGAGCAAUGAAGCAGCUAUUACUGCUGCAAUGAAUGCAGCCCAAGAUGCAUCAGCUUCCAUGAAAGAACAAAUUAAUCUACCAGUGAAGCUAGAUGAAUUUGGCAGAGACAUCAACCAACAGAAACGUUUGGAUAUGAAGCGAAGGGCUGAGGCCCGUCAGCGUAGGAAAGCUCAGAAGAAAUUGUCUUCAGUGGAAGUUGAUGGUUCUAAUCAGAAAGUAGAGGGAGAAUCAAGCACAGAUGAGAGCGACAGUGAAAGUGCAGCUUACCAGUCAAACCGAGAUUUGUUACUCCAGACUGCUGAUCAAAUCUUUGGUGAUGCAUCAGAAGAAUAUUGUCAACUUUCUGUGGUUAAACAAAGGUUUGAAAACUGGAAGAAAGAAUAUUCAACAAGCUAUCGAGAUGCUUACAUGUCAAUAAGUGCUCCUGCCAUCUUCUCUCCAUAUGUGAGACUAGAACUUUUGAAGUGGGACCCUCUCCAUGAGGAUGCAGGUUUCUUUCACAUGAAAUGGCAUUCCUUGCUAUCUGAUUAUGGUUUGCCACAAGAUGGAAGUGAUCUCAGUCCUGAAGAUGCUGAUGCUAAUCUUGUUCCAGAACUAGUAGAAAAGGUUGCAAUUCCUAUUUUGCAUCAUGAAAUUGCCCAUUGUUGGGACAUGCUCAGUACUAGAGAGACUAAGAAUGCUGUUUUCGCCACAAACUUGGUAACAGAUUAUGUUCCUGCUUCUAGUGAGGCUCUAGCAGAGCUAUUGCUCGCAAUCCGUACCCGUCUAACUGAUGCUGUUGUCAGCAUUAUGGUUCCAACAUGGAGCCCAAUUGAGCUUAAGGCUGUGCCAAGAGCUGCACAGAUUGCAGCAUAUCGGUUUGGGAUGUCAGUUCGCUUGAUGAAAAACAUCUGCUUGUGGAAAGAUAUUCUGUCGUUGCCAGUGCUAGAGAAACUUGCUCUUGAUGAUCUUUUGUGCAGGAAGGUUCUACCUCAUCUUCAAAGUGUUGCAUCUAAUGUUCAUGAUGCAGUUACAAGAACUGAAAGGAUUAUUGCUUCUUUAUCUGGUGUGUGGGCAGGUACAAGUGUAACCGCCAGCCGCAGCCAUAAGUUGCAACCGUUGGUGGAUUGUGUGAUGUCACUGGGGAAGAGGCUGAAGGAUAAGCACCCAUUAGGUGCUUCCGAGAUCGAGGUUAGUGGACUGGCCCGCCGACUGAAGAAGAUGUUGGUUGAGCUCAAUGAUUAUGACAAAGCCAGGGAAAUAGCUAGAAUGUUUAGUCUGAGGGAAGCUUUGUGAUUUAAAAGGAUUGAUGGAGAAUGCAGAGAUAUGGAGACACUGUAUCUGAAAGAGGCAUGCAUCUGGUGCAUGUUCAUGUGUAUUUCCUCCCCCGUCCGGCUUCUUAAGCAUGUUCAUGUUCAUGUUCAUCUGGAGACAAUUUUUUUUUUUUUUUUUUAUAAACUGUGAUUUCAAAGUUUUCCUUGUGAGCCCCUUUCCCUAAUAAUAAUUGGAAAUAUAACUUAAAAUGGUAGAUUUCCAGUAGCAAGUGUAUGGAAUGAAUUGAUGCAGCCAUUCCAUGUGACGCAGUUGGUGGGACGUUGUCAUUUGAGUUUUCUUCAGGAAUCUUGUAAAUUUUGUAAUGGAAUGUCGCAAAAGUUUUGCCA